GGUGGCGGCUUAGCUUUACAAUACGCCAGCGAUGGUCCAGAAAGAGAGAAUUUGGCAGGUUUCAUUAUUAGCGCUCCAUUACUUCAUCAAACCACGACGAGUGAAAUCGUGGUUGUAAUUGGCACCAUCGUUAGCAACUUCUUACCGGGUUUAACCAUAUCUACUUCUUUGGAACCAAGUUGGAUGAGUCAUGAUUCAGAGUUCGUUGAGAAAUGUUCGGAAGAUCCGUUGAUG